CCACUGAUCCGUCGUCUGCUUGAUUCACCCUCUCUAAAUGGCGCAACACGGCCCAACAAGCUUGUUGUUGUAGUCACUUUGGUGGGAUGCGUGACCGCGACUGCUUUUGGAAUUUAGUUUUUGUAUCUCCAUAAGUCACUUACAUUUUCCACACUAUUCGCAUUUUGUCUUUUUUAUAGCCCUUAAGCCGUAUAUUACUUACAGUUGUUAUACCCUUUUGUCUUCUAUCAAACAUCAACCUUGCUUCCCCUCCUUGCAUUUAAUUCCUGACAACCAUCCAGCCGGAGGUUUUUGACUCGCCGGUGACCCAACGUACGAACAAAGAUGAGUAAUAAACAAAAUCUUAAUCUCGACCAGCGGGGCACGGUCUUUGGCCGAAAGCCUUCCAAUCCACCGCCUCCCCAACAGAUAAACUUAAACCGUAACCAAGGUACAGGUUCCAGUCAGAAUACGCAGGUUCCGCAACAACAACAACCACAGCAACAGCAACAGCAGCUGCAAUCCCAACGCCAGCAACAAGAGGAAUUAGAUCGUGAGCCAACAUUAAACCCGUCAGGCGCAGAAGGAGGCGAGGAAGAGAUGCCGGCCACUGAGCGCGACCUAGCUGAUGAUGCUCCCUGGAAACGUAUCCAGCAAAAUACCUUCACGCGAUGGGCCAACGAGCACCUGAAAACGGUUAACAAGAAUAUCGGCAAUCUUGAAACGGAUUUAUCAGAUGGAUUACGCUUAAUCGCACUUAUUGAAGUACUGAGCGGGAAGAAAUUGCCGAGACACAACAGGCGUCCCACGUUCCGGUCGCAGAAACUGGAAAAUGUCUCGGUAGCCCUAACUUUUCUACAGGAAGACGAAAACAUCAAGCUUGUCAAUAUCGACAGUACAGAUAUUGUUGACGGCCGUCUGAAACUUAUUCUCGGAUUGAUAUGGACGCUCAUCUUGCAUUAUUCGAUUUCCAUGCCUAUGUGGGCGGACGAAGACGAAGGCGCAAAGGAUCUCACACCCAAACAGCGUUUGUUACGCUGGAUCCAAAAUAAAGUGCCCGAUCUGCCUAUCACCAAUUUCACUUCCGACUGGAAUGAUGGCCGCGCUGUGGGCGCUUUGGUGGAUGCUGUUGCUCCAGGUUUAUGUCCGGAUUGGGCUGACUGGAGCCCCAAGAAUGCCAAGGCCAACGCCACAGAAGCAAUGAAGUUAGCCGAGGACUGGCUGGGCGUACCUCAGCUGAUCCGACCCGAAGAGAUGGUGGAUCCCAAUGUGGAUGAAUUGUCCAUGAUGACAUACCUCUCGCAGUAUCCCAACGCCAAACUACGCCCCGGAGCACCAUUACACGGCAAGCUGGCACCCAAUCGUGUGCGAGCAUACGGGCCUGGAUUGGAGCCCGGUAACAAGGUGGGAGUGCCGGCCAAAUUCACUGUAGAGACCUUCAGUGCCGGCGCCGGGACCGUGGAAGUUGACGUGCUGGGUCCAGAUGGACAAAAUGUGCCUUCAACCGUGAAAUUCAACAACGAUCGAAACAAAACGUAUUCGUGCCAGUAUGUGCCCAAAAUGGAAGGCCAUCAUCGUGUAACGGUGAAGUUUGCCGGAAAAGAUGUGCCAAAGAGCCCGUUCGACGUUGAUGUGCGUGGCUACGCUGGUGAUGCUUCCAAGGUGACUGCAAAGGGCCCCGGAUUGGAAGCGACAGGAAAUCAAAUCGGAAAACCGACUUGGUUCGAGGUGUUUACCAAAGGUGCUGGAGAUGGGCUGGUGGAAGUGGUCAUAAUGGAUCCAGCCGGCCGAAAGGACACCGUUGUGCCUACUUUGAAACAAGGAGCAGAUGGGGUGUGGCGGGUUGAUUACACACCUAAAGAACUCGGUCUCCAUUCUGUAAAUGUGUUCUUUGCUGGCAAGCCAAUUCCAAAUAGUCCAUUUGGCGUUAAAGUUGGUCCGGUCAGCGACGCUCGAAAAGUUCGUUGUACCGGGCGCGGAUUGCAGAAGCACGGUGUGCGUGUUCGAGAUGUGGCGGAUUUCAAGGUCUGGACAGAAGGAGCUGGAGAAGGCAAGCUGGAAGUAAAGAUCAUUGGUCCAGGUGGUGUGGCUGAGCCUUUCGACAUGAAGAAGAUUGACGCUACUACUUUCGAAUAUAAAUAUUAUCCAAAAACUCCCGGACGCUACACAGUCAUCGUGCAGUAUGGUGGUCAGGAUGUGCCCAAAUCUCCCUUCGAAGUUAACGUCGGAAAAUUCAUCACUUCGAAAGUACGCGCUUUUGGUCCCGGUUUGGAAGGAGGAGUUGUUGGCCAUUCCGCAGAUUUCUGUGUGGAAAUGAAUGGCGAAACGGCGCCUCUCGGUUUCUCUAUUGAGGGCCCCAGUCAAGCGAAAAUCGACUGCAAGGAUAACGGUGAUCAAACAGCGGAUGUAAAAUACUGGCCCACGGCGCCCGGAGAGUACGCUGUACAUGUUCUGGUCAACGAUGAAGACAUCCCCGGCAGCCCUUUCAUGGCACAGAUAACACAAAUGCCGGCUGGUGUCAAUCCCGACAAGGUCAAGGUUUUUGGACCGGGUGUGGAGCCUGAAGGCGUACAGACAGGCCGUCCCACCGAAUUUACUAUUGACACGCGCGAAGCUGGUCGAGGAGCUCCACUGCACGUCAGCAUAAUGGACAUUGAUUACAAUCCGGUGAAUGUUACUGUACGCGAUAUGCAAGAUGGAACUUACAAGUGCACGUACACGGCGACACGGAGCGUAAAGCACACCGUGCAGGUUCACUACGCCGGUGUAGGUGUGCCGAAGAGUCCGUUCAGGGUCUUCGUGCAAGAACCGACAAAUCCCGGUAAAGUCCGUGUGUAUGGCCCUGGAGUCGAGCUGGGUGUGCGCACGGCAACGCCCACUCAUUUCACGGUCGACUGCGCGCACGCUGGACCCGGAGACGUCCAGAUUGCGCUGCAAAACGAGAAAGGGCAGGAUGUCCCUUUCAAGAUCAACGACAAUCGCGAUGGGACGUUUACCGUGGAAUACACUGCGCCGACGCCCGGUACGUACAAAGUGACCGUGCAUUUUGCCGGAAAGGAGGUUCCGCAGUCGCCCAUUAAAGUCCAAGUGGCACCGCAUAUUGACGUGAGCGGGAUUCGCGUGGAGGGGCUGGAGCCAACUGUGCCCGUCAAUUCCAAGCAGCAGAUAAAGGUCAUUUCCACCGCUAAAGAUGGCGUUACUCUGGAUGAAAAAAACACAACAGUAGAAAUCAUCACAGCGUCGAAGAAAAUUAUUCCCGUUAAAGUAACUAAGGGCCCAGAUGGCAAAACCGUGCUGGCCGAUUUCGUGCCCACCGAAUUGGGAGAAAAUCAGCUGACGGUCAAAGUCAGUGGUGCUGUCGUGCCGAACAUGCCUCACAGAUUUACCGUCAGUCCUAAUCCCGACCCGAGCAAAGUGAAAUGCGAAGGGCCUGGAUUGAUUGGUGGAGAAGCCGGCCAACCAGCAAAAUUCAGAAUCGACACCCGGAAGGCGGGAGUGGCGCCGGUUAAUACCACUAUCGACGGGCCUCAGCCGGUGAAAAUCGACACUGUGGAUAACAAAGACGGAACUAUAGACGUUACUUAUCAUCCUGUAGCUCCUGGAGAGUACGCUGUAAAUGUGACCUUUGGAGGGAAACCGGUGCCCGGCGUGCCGUUCAAGCCCAAGAUCACUUCAAAGAUUGAUGUUAGCAGUAUAAAAGUGGAAGGAUUGGAGAAAACCGUACCGAUCAAUUCCAAGCAGCAGAUUAAAAUUGUGCAGACUGAUUCCAAGGCGCCAAAUCUUAAUCCCAAAGACAUCAUAGCAGAAAUCACUACUGCUUCAAAGAAAAUAAUCCCUGUCACGCUGACAGCCACUCCGGACGGACGCGCUGUUCUAGCAGAUUUUGUACCUACUGAACUGGGUGAAAAUCAGCUGUUGGUAAAAGUCGGAGGUGCCGUGAUUCCUAAUCAGCCUCAGAAGUUCCAAGUUUCUCCAAAUCCGGAUCCAUCAAAGGUCAAGGUUGAAGGUCCUGGACUUAUCAGCGGAGAAGUUGGUGUUCCUGCUAAGUUUAGAAUUGAUACUCGCAGAGCUGGUGUGGCACCUUUGGGGAUGAAUAUUGAUGGACCUGCGGAAGUGAAAAUCGAUACGGUGGACAACAAAGAUGGAACAAUCGACGUAACAUAUCACCCAACCGCGCCCGGCGAAUAUUUGGUGAACGUCACUUUUAAUCAGAAACCUGUGCCUGGUGUUCCAUUCAAACCAAAAAUCACUUCCAAGAUAGAUGUUAGUGGAAUCAGAAUCGAAGGUCUUGACCAAUCGGUUCCUGUCAACUCGCGACAGCAGAUCAAAAUCAUUCAAACUGAUCAGAAGGCGCCCCCGCUUGAUAUCAAAGAAAUUGUAUCCGAUAUUACCACCGCGACUAAGAAAACUGUGCCGGUGAAGUUAACUCCGGGUCCUGACGGCCGAACCGUCAUUGCAGAAUUUGUUCCUUCGGAAGUGGGAGAAAAUCAGCUGAACGUGAAAGUCGGAGGGGCUCCUGUUCCAAAGACCCCACAGAAAUUCCAAGUGUCGCCACAACCAGAUCCAAGCAAAGUCGUUGUUAGUGGACCAGGGCUGACUGCCGGUGAAGUAGGCGUCCCUGCAAAAUUCAGAAUCGACAGCAGGAAAGCGGGUGUUGCUCCGCUGGGAUUGAAUAUUGAUGGUCCAGCUGAAGUGAAGAUUGAUACGGUCGAUAAUAAAGAUGGCACGGUUGACGUCAUCUAUCAUCCCACUGCACCGGGAGAAUAUUUGGUCAACGUUACCUUUAACCAGAAACCAGUUCCAGGAGUACCGUUUAAGCCCAAAAUCGCCUCGAAAAUUGACGUUAGCGGCAUCAAAAUUGAAGGACUGGACCAGACUGUGCCGGUUAAUUCACGUCAGCAGAUCAAGAUUAUUCAGACUGAUCAGAAGGCCCCACCGCUGGACAUCAAAGAAAUUGCGGCAGAUAUUACCACUGCUUCGAAAAAGACCGCGCCUAUCAAACUGACUCCAGGUCCGGAUGGUCGAACGGUAAUUGCGGAUUUCGUUCCUUCGGAAAUUGGAGAGAAUCUGUUGAAUGUGAAAGUCGGCGGAGCACCGAUUCCAAAAACCCCACAGAAGUUCCAAGUAUCUCCCCAGCCCGAUCCUAGUAAGGUGGUAGUCAGCGGCCCAGGACUGACGACUGGAGAAGUUGGAGUGCCGGCCAAGUUUAGGAUCGAUAGCCGGAAGGCCGGUGUGGCGCCUCUGGGACUUAAUAUUGAUGGCCCCGCGGAAGUGAAGAUAGACACAGUUGACAACAAAGAUGGAACAAUUGAUGUCACAUACCACCCAACUGCACCGGGAGAAUACAAGGUUGAUGUGAAGUUCGACAAUAAACCUGUUCCCGGUGUCCCCUUCAAGCCAAAGAUUGCGUCAAAGAUCGAUGUCAGCGGAAUUAAAAUCGAGGGAUUAGACCAAACUGUACCUGUAAAUUCGCGCCAGCAAAUUCAGAUUAUUCAAACCGAUCAAAAAGCACCGCCUUUGGACGUCAAGGAAGUCGUAGCGGAGAUUGUUACCGCUUCAAAACGCAAUGUGCCAGUCAAAUUGACCCCCACUCCCGACGGUCGGGCGGUUAUUGCGGACUUCAUACCAUCUGAAAUUGGUGAGAACGUUCUCAGCGUGAAAGUGGGCGGCGUUCCCAUUCCGCAGACACCCAGGAAGUUUGCCGUGUCUCCCAUGCCCGAUCCAAGCAAGGUGGUUGUUAGCGGUCCAGGUUUGACAAACGGCGAAGUCGGUGUGCCAGCCAAGUUCCGCAUCGACAGCCGAAAGGCUGGAGUAGCACCUCUGGCCCUAAACAUUGACGGACCAGCGGAAGCGAAGAUUGAAACUGUGGACAAUAAAGACGGCACUGUAGAUGUGACCUAUCUGCCGGUUGCACCGGGUGACUACAAUGUCAACGUUUUGUUCAACCAAAAGCCUGUACCCGGCGUGCCGUUCCAUCCACAUAUUGGAUCAAAGAUUGAUUUAAGUGGAGUUAAGAUUGAGGGAUUGGAUCAGACGGUGCCUGUUAAUUCUCGCCAACAAAUCAAAGUUAUCCAAACCGAUCAGAAGGCUGCACCGCUGGAUGUCAAGGACAUGGUGGCGGAGAUAGUCACGCCGUCGAAGCGAACACUUCCGGUUAAACUGACUCCGUCACCAGACGGAAAAGGAGUUCUGGCUGAUUUUGUACCGUUGGAAGUUGGUGAAACUCAAUUGGUCGUGAAAGUGCAAGGCGCUCCCAUACCACAGACUCCGAAGAAGUUUGCGGUCUCACCUCUGCCUGACCCAACCAAAGUGGUGGUUAGUGGUCCAGGAUUAACGGGCGGAGAGCUUGGAGUACCCGCUAAAUUCAGGAUUGAUUCCCGGAAAGCGGGUGUCGCGCCGCUAGGACUGAAUAUAGACGGGCCAGGGGAAGUUAAAAUCGACACUGUUGACAACAAGGAUGGCACGGUUGAUGUGACUUAUCUGCCAACAGCACCCGGCGAGUAUGAUGUGAACGUCACGUUCAACCAGCGCCCUGUACCAGGAGUGCCUUUCAAGCCGAAAAUAGCGUCCAAGAUUGAUGUCAGUGGAAUAAAAGUGGAGGGUCUAGACAAUAUUAUGCCGGUCAAUUCUCAUCAACAACUGAAAGUAAUUAGUACGGAUCAAAAAGUCCCGUUGAACAUCAAAGAUGUGGUAGCGGAAAUCACGACGGCUGCUAACAAGAAAGUUCCCGUGAAGUUAACACCGUCGCCGGAUGGCAAAGCUAUUCUGGUUGAUUUCGUUCCUACAGAGGUGGGCGAAAAUCAGCUGGCCGUUAAAGUCAGUAACACCCCGAUUCCCAAGAUGCCCCAGAAAUUCACUGUUUCUCCGACGCCCGAUCCAUCUAAAGUUAAAGUGGAAGGACCAGGUGUGACGGCAGGAGAAGCUGGUGUUCCUGCAAAAUUCCGCAUUGAUACGCGAAAGGCUGGAGUGGCACCGUUGGCUGUCACCGUGGAUGGUCCGGAAAAAGUUAAGAUCGACACCGUAGACAAUAAAGAUGGCACUGUGGACGUGACCUAUGUGCCGCCUGUGGCCGGCGAUUAUACGGUAAAUGUGAAUUUCGCCGAUAAGCCGGUACCUGGUAGCCCGUUCAAACCAAAGAUCGCGUCGAAGAUUGAUGUGAGCACACUGACCGCAGAGGGUCUGGAAGAGACGGUGCCAAUCAAUUCGCGCCAGCAAGUUAAAGUUGGAUCGACGGAUAAAAACUUCCCGGCUCUGAGUGCCAAGGAUGUAACGGCGGAAGUGUUGACCGCUACACAGAAGAAGAUACCGGUAAAGGUCAGCCCGGCACCGGACGGAAAGGGCGUACUGGUGGAUUUCAUACCGAAUGAAGCGGGCGACAAUCAGCUGCUGGUAAAAGUUGGUAAUCAGCCCAUACCCAAACAACCACAGAAGUUCAAAGUGUCUCCUCAACCUGACACAUCGAAAGUUGUUGUCACCGGACCUGGCCUGAAAGGCGGAGAAACCGGUGUCCCGGCUACCUUUCGCAUCGACACACGAAAGGCGGGAGUGGCGCCGCUCGGUAUUGCUAUUGAUGGCCCCAAGGAAGCUAAAAUUAAUACAGUGGAUAAUAAGGACGGAACCAUCGAUGUCACUUAUUUGCCGACUGCCAUCGGCAACUACGAUGUAAACGUACUGUUCAACCAAAAGCCUGUACCAGGAGCGCCUUUCAAGGCGAAAGUCACUCCAAAAGGAGGCGCGUACGAUCUGAGCGGUAUCAAGGUGGAAGGGCUUGAUCAAGUAAUGCCUAUCCAUUCGCGACAACAAAUAAAAAUCGCUACAACGGAUAGCAAGCAUCCUCAUCUGGAGGUUCAGGAAACAGUGGCCGAAAUAACAUCUGCCACAGGAAAGAAGAUACCAGUGCGUUUGACGCCUACCCCAGAUGGAAAAGCUGUGAUGGCUGACUUUGUGCCAACGGAAGUGGGGGAGAAUCAGUUGGCAGUUACGGUCGGAGGUCAACCAAUUCCCCAUCAACCACAGAAAUUCACCGUUAGUCCUACACCAGACCCAUCAAAGGUGAAAGUGGAGGGUCCGGGACUCAAUCACGGUGAAGUGGGUGUACCCGCCAAAUUCCGCAUCGACAGCCGGAAAGCUGGGGUUGCACCGGUUGGUUUGGGUAUUAAUGGGCCAGCGGAAGCAAAAAUCGAGACGGUGGACAAUAAAGAUGGCACUGUGGAUGUUGUGUACCACCCAGUGGAGCCCGGCCUUUAUGAUCUGAAUGUGACAUUCGCCGGGCAGCCCGUUAAUGGAACCCCAUUUAAAGCUCAAGUUGUUCCUAAGGGCGGUCCAUUAGCCGGGCCGGAUGUGUCGGGCGUAAAAGUUCACGGCCCGGGAACGCAGGGAGCAUUCUUGGAUUCUAUGACGGAGUUCACAGUUGAUGCGCGCAGUGUGACUAGAAAUGGAGAAGGCAAAGUGAAGGUCAUCGUUACCAGUCCGAGUGGCAUCCGCACAGAGGCGCUGGUGUCUAACAAACACGAUGGAACAUACACUGUAGAUUACAGUGUUUUUGAAGAAGGAAAACAUACGCUGGAAAUCACGUACGAAGGAAUUCCUGUACCGGGAAGUCCCUUUAAAGUCAAUGCCGUUCGUGGAUCGGACCACACAAAGUGCAAAGCGUAUGGACCAGGUUUACAGGGCGGUUACACGCAUAUCACCAAUCAGUUCACCGUUGAAACCAAAGGAGCCGGAACCGGAGGUUUGGCUUUGGCCAUUGAGGGACCAUCUGAGGCUCGCAUGACUUGCAAGGAUAACCGCGAUGGUACAUGCCUCGUUGACUACACAGCUACGGAAGCCGGAGAAUACGACAUCACCAUCAAGUUCGCUGAUAAACAUAUUCCUGGCAGCCCCUUCAAAGUGCACAUCGACAACCCCGUGGAUUCGAGUCGCGUGCGAGCUUAUGGACCCGGCGUGGAACCGAACAAAGUGCGUGCCAAUGUUCCAGCCAAUUUCAAGAUCGAUGCAACGAAAUCCGGGCGCGCUCCGGUUGCCGUGGACGUUACGUCGGAUCGUGGACCAGCUGGCAAGCGCCCAGAGGUGUACGACAACGGUGAUGGCACCUUCGACGUCAGCUAUCUCCCGCCACCCGAAGGAUCCAACUGCAAGGUCCGUGUGACCCACGGAGGCAAGGACAUCCCAGGCAGUCCUUUCCAGACCCGCGUCUUACCCACAUGCGAGCCGCAGAAAGUGGUGGUCAGCGGGCCCGGUGUCAAUAAAUCCGGUAUUCCGGCCAGUAUGCCGACAGAGUUUAUCGUGGACACUCGCGAAGCCGGCUACGGUGACCUCCGGGUGAACAUCGCGGGACCGGAUGGUCGGCCGGUGAAAACGCAGAUCGAAGAUAUGAACGAUGGGACGUACAAAGUGCGAUAUGUGCCGGAUGAUUUGGGAACGUACAAUGUCAACGUUAUGUACGGCAAUGAACCGGUGAAAGGGGCGCCGUUCCAGAUUAAGACCUACCCGACCGGCGAUGCGUCGAAAGUCAAGAUUCUGGAGGGUGUGCAUGAACAAGUUGUGAUUAACCAAGAGUACCGCAUCACUGUUAACACAAUGCAAGCUGGUGUGGGCAAUGUGACGUGUAAAGUGACCGGGGAGGGUCAAGAUUUCGCUGUGGAUAUUCAGGAUAAUGGCGAUGGCACGAUUAGUCUGUUUUACACCAUGAAACAACAGGGCGAUUAUACCAUCAAUAUCAAGUUCGGCGGGCAGCCUGUUCCAGGAGGCACGUUCAAGGUCAAGGCUACAACUGAGGAAAUCAUCACCCAGAGAACUGUUGAGCGUACGACUACUCGCAAAUAUCGCGCUCUUGAACUGAAAAAUAUUCAGAUCCCGUCGGGUGGUGGUUCCUUAUCUGGCCUUGUAAUCAUGCCGUCCGGAAAACAGGCUCAACCCGAAUUAGUCGACAAUAAAGAUGGUACAGUGACAGUUCGUUAUCAGCCUACGGAGGCUGGUCAGCAUGAAAUGCAUGUUAAAUACGCUAACCAACACGUGCAUGGCAGUCCGUUUAAGUUUUUUGUUGACCAAAUUGAAACCGGCAAUGUGACGGCUUACGGACCGGGUCUGACACAUGGCAAUGCCGGUGAGCCCAGCCACUUCACCAUCAACACACGGGACGCGGGAUCAGGUGGACUUUCCGUAGCCGUGGAAGGACCGAGCAAAGCUGAUAUUACUUGCACUGAUAACAAAGACGGCACUUGCAAUGUCUCGUACUUACCUGUCUUGCCUGGCGAAUAUAAAAUCAUUGUCAAAUUCGCGGAUAAACACAUUAUGGGUAGCCCAUUCACCGCUCACGUUACAGGAGCUGGCAAGCGAACCAAUCAGAUUUCGGUGGGAACCGCCAGCGAAAUCUCCUUGAUGGUGCAUGAGACCGAUGUGCGAAAUUUACUGGCUACAAUUAAAACGCCGAGUGGUUUGGAAGAACCGUGCAUGCUUAAGCUUUUGCCCAAUGGACAUCUUGGAAUCUCAUUUACGCCCCGUGAGAUCGGUGAACACCAGGUUAUUGUUACCCGCAAUGGCAAACCGAUCCAAGGAUCUCCUUUUAAAGUGCAAGUUGGUGACAAGGAAGUAGGCAAUGCUAGCCGUGUGAAGGUCAGCGGGAACGCUGUCAAGGAAGGAAAGACUCAAGUCUUGAACGAAUUUAUUGUCGAUACGAAGCAAGCCGGCUAUGGAGGAUUGAGCGUAUCUAUCGAAGGACCAAGCAAAGCGGAUAUCCAGUGCACGGACGGUCCGGAUGGCACACUGAAAGUGGGCUACAAACCAACCGAACCCGGCAACUACACCCUGAAUGUCCGUUUUGCCGAUCAAAACAUACCAGGAAGCCCGUUCCCCGUCAAAGUGACGGGAGAAGGAGCGCGCAUCCAGAUGGAGAAGAUCACCCAUACGGCGCAGACCAUCCAGACCUCGCAUGUUGGCGCUAAUUGUGAACUGCAGCUCAAACUGCCUGGAUCGGAUCCUUUUGAUAUGAAAGCGCAGGUGACCAGCCCGAGUGGAAAGACGGAAGAUGCCGAGUUGGUUGAUUUAAAUGAUUCGACGUACAAAGUCCGCUUUGUCCCUACCGAGAUGGGAGUGCAUACCAUCAGUGUGAAGCACAAGAGCAUGCAUAUUCCCGGAUCGCCCUUCCAGUUUACGGUGGGGCCACUGAAGGAUGGUGGGCCGCACAGGGUGCGUGCCGGUGGACCGGGUCUGGAACGUGGUGAAGUGGGGGAACAAAAUGAUUUCAAUGUGUGGACGCGCGAAGCCGGAGCGGGCAAUCUUAGCAUUGCCGUGGAAGGCCCUUCUAAAGCGGCUAUCAACUUUAAAGACCAUAAGGACGGAUCAUGCUAUGUUUCCUACAAAGUCGACCAACCAGGUGAAUAUGCUAUCGCCAUAAAAUACAAUGAUGUCCACAUACCGGACAGUCCCUAUAAGGUGCACGUUGCCCCUUCGGUGGGAGAAGCUAAGCGGAUUGAAGUCGGUUCCAUGCAACAAAACCUCCAGCCACAAAAACCCGUGGCCUUUACCGUCAACAUGCACGGUGUUAAAGGCAAACUGACCGCCUCCGUGGUAAAUCCCAAUGGUAAAGAGGAAGACUGUGUCAUUACUCCAGUCGAUGACGGCGUUUAUGCCGUUCGAUUUAUGCCAUACGAAGCGGGUGUUUACUUUGUCCAUGUCAAAUACAAUGGUGCUCAAAUUCGAGGAUCGCCGUUCCGAGUGCGUGUCGGUAAAGAAGAGGCAGAUCCCGCUCAAGUUAUUGCGUACGGAAAGGGAUUGGAAAGUGUACAAACUGGAGAAAAAGCAGAAUUCGUUGUCAACACGUCAAAAGCUGGUGCUGGAACUCUGGCUGUCACUAUUGAUGGACCAAGCAAAGUUAGUAUGGAUUGUUCGGAAGUGGACGAAGGAUACAAAAUCCGUUAUACUCCAUUAGCGCCAGGAGAUUACUUUAUCGCCGUCAAAUACAACAACGCUCACAUUGCCGGCAGUCCUUUCCGUGUCACAGCUUCCGGAAAAGGGCGUGCUGGAAGCGUUGUUCAACAACAACCCAGUCAGUUCAAGCAGACAAACUCCGUCGUCGUCGAAACAGUGACAAAAUCGGAAACUGCCACUAAAGUGCAGAGUUUGAGUAGCGGCUUACAUGGACGCUCCGAUGCCUCUAAGGUCACCGCCAAGGCUGGUCUGGAGAAGGCCUAUCAGAAUAAGCAGAAUACAUUCAAUGUAAAAGCCGAAACUGCUGGUCAUAACGUUUUGCUGGUUGGUGUUUAUGGUAAAGAGAAACCAGCAGAGGAAGUACAUGUUAAGCACGUCGGUCAUGAUUCCUAUCAAGUCAGUUAUAUGCUGCGUGAACGUGGAGAAUACCUUUUGAUUGUUAAAUACGGCGAUGAUCACAUACCCGGCAGUCCCUUCCUGAUCCAUUGUGCCUAAAUUAGAAGCUGCAGUUUGUAUCCACAUUGGCAUCCCUUCUCUCUCAUACGGUGUCAAAGCAACCCCGUUUAAUUUCCUUUUGUUUCUUCUAUCCUGACCUUUAGCUUGCGAAAUACUCAAAAAGAGUUAGUUUGUCUUUGUGCUGCUUCUUGUCGAAUUCAACAUAAUGCAUUUAUAUUCAUUUUUGUUUUCAUAAUAAUGAAGAUUUAAUAAUUUCAUCCUGGUUGCAUGCAAGUAUAAUCUUAUUGGUCAAAUACUGUUAGUUGUCACCGGAAAUCGAUUUUUGUUGACCGCUGCAUUUUGUGCACCGCAAGGUUUAAUUGUAUUUGAUUUUCUAUGAUUUUUUAAGGCCGGUAUUGGAUAGCAUUUCGUGGUUACAAAAUAUACAGUUGA